AUGUUCCCCGCCACACCGACUGUCCCCCUGCACCCGGAGCGGGGCGUCCCCGGGGACAGCUGUCAACGCGCUGACGGGGCUGGGGACCCUGCGGCGCUCCAGGGGCGGGACGGCCCACCGCCCGCCGGCCGGGACCGCGGGUGCAGCCCCUCCCCUCCGGCCUGGCUCCCGGCCCAGGGCUCGCCCAGUCGCCCCCCGCGGAGCCUCCGCGAGCUCGGCGCCCGCCCGCCGGGACGCCCCUCCCCACAGGCCGCCUCCGAACCCCAGGCCGCCGGGAGCGCGCCCGCUGCGAGAACACAUUCCCGGCCCGGUCUGCCCGUUCGCCCGCCAGCGAAGCUCCUCAGCCCUCCGGCCCCGCGCCCCUCCCGGGCCUCAGCUCCCCUCGUCGCCCCACUGCCCCCCCACUGCCCGCCGCCCGCCGCCCCCCUGCCCGCCUACCUACAGGCUUCCGAAAAGCGCGCGAAUCACGCGCGCCUGCGCGCUGCUGCCAGCUCGGCACCGCUGUGCGUGCGUGCGCGCAUUCAUACGUCUGUGCGAGCUCACGCCCCAGUCACGCCCCAGUCACGCCCCCGAGGCUCCGCGGCCGAGCGCCCCUACUGGCGCGUACACCGAAUCGGGGAAUUGGAAUCUGCAUCUCGGUACGUGCCAUCGCCCGGCCGGCGCGUCCCUUUCCUCCAUGCUGCCCUGGGGACACGGUCCUGGAAGACCGGGAAGCGCGCCCUUCUUCCAGCGGACUGUGUCCUGGGGCAGGACGAGGAACGGAAUAGCCCUCACAGCGGCCUACGGGUCGUUCGUGUCACCGUGUCACCUGGGAAUUCUGGAGGUCUGAUGGCGUGA